GUAUCGGCGAUCCAGACAGAGGGUGCUUGGGACGCGGAUGGGAAACGUGAGAGUUCACUCGACCACGUACUGCACACCGGCAAACUCACUUCACAGGGUUUCCCGGCUGACCCACACUUACACGACGUGGUGGCCGACUCUUACCAUCGCUAUAAAGAAGAUGUGAAGAUGGCCAAAGCGUUAGGGCUCCAGCUUUAUAGGUUCUCUAUCUCAUGGAGCCGCGUCUUUUUUGAAGGCACGCGAAAUGAGAAAGGCAUUCAAUAUUACCACGAUCUCAUCAAAGAAAUUAAAGACAGUGGCAUGAAGCCUUUGAUGACUUUGUACCACUUUGACCAUCCACAGACGUAUGAAGACGAGUUUAAGGGAUGGCAAAGCGAGAAGAUGGUCCCUAAAUUCGUAGAGUACGCUACUUUUGUGUUCAACGAAUACGGAAAAGAGGUGGAUUUGUGGGUCACAUUGAACGAACCUAACAUGUACUGCACCUACUUUCCUUCCUUGUUUGUUACGGCCGGACUUUACAAGCAGGAGGAUAUUAAUAUUUACAACUGCAUGAGGAACUUCGUCCUGGCGCACGCCCAAUCGUACCGUGCAUUUAAGGAAGCAGGCAUGGCUGGCCAAAUUGGUUUGACUGUGCUUCUGAUGCACGCUACUCCAAAUUCAACGCGUCCCGAAGACGUUUACGCGGCCGAGCUGUUCAACCAGGUGCACGCCGGACAGGUGUUGGCCCCGAUCGUGGUGGGAGACUACCCGCAGGUCUUGAAGGAUGAAUUGAGCGACAAAAUAACAGAAUUUACUGUUGAAGAAAAGCAAUUGAUCAAAGGGAGUACCGAUUUCGUUGGUUUUAACAUUUACUUCAGUAUGGUGGCCUCCUGGAAGGACCCCAAUACUUGGGCUCCUUGCUUGAUCGGGCCUAUGAUGGGAAAAUUUGUGGAAGACUUGCCUAUGGCCUCUAUCAACGUUGCCGGAGGUAUCGACGUAGAGAACCCCAUGAAAACGUUCGAUAGAAUUGCACCAGACUCGAUAAGAGACGCCGUUCUGUGGGCAUGGAACAGCUACAAAAAGCCUAUUGUAAUAACUGAAAACGGCGUUGGAGACAGUUCAAAUAUGGGGAAGAAGGAUCAGCGUCGCUCGGUAUACCAUAGUGCAUACAUGAGAACGCUAUUGACGACGAUGAAAGAAUUUAAAGUGGAUGUCAUCGCAUACUGCGCUUGGAGUCUUAUCGACAGUUACGAGUGGAGCGCAGGCUUUGGACGGCCUUUCGGACUGGUUCACGUCGACUAUGAGGGCAAGACACUGGACCGUUCACUGAAGGACUCAUCUCAGUUUUGGAUUGAGAUUGCCGAGAAGCGCGUGGUGCCACUCGUUGAAGAGCCUAUAACUACGACACCUGGGCCACCUGCAUCUCCCACGGCCUCCACGUCAUUUGCAUCUUCCACACCCUCCACGUCAUCUGCAUCUUCCACGCCUUCCACGUCAUCUGCAUCUUCCACACCCUCCACGUCAUCUGCAUCCUCUACGUCAACCUUCCUUUUGCUUCCGAUUGGAGCUGUCUUAAUAGCCCUUAAAUCAUUUCAUUGCGAUGUGCCAUACUAAAUUGAUAAAUUUUUGGAAUAAAGAAAAAAAACAAAA